CGACGAGCAUGUCGACAGAAGCUGCAGACGGACAGUCCUCGUCAUCGCCGUCAACGACGGGAAACGCUGGGACGUCGGCCAACGCACCAAACGCACCUCGCAGACCACCGACACACGUUCCUUUCAUAUCCCUCUACCGUCCACCUCCAGGACAACCCCCAACUACCACCGACGAACGCUGUCUGUUCUACUGCACCCAGUCAGCCCUGCAUCGCGCACAGCACAAGCCACCCACUUGCCGUUCUAUCUGUCUCCGCCGUGUAUAUCCCUUCGAGGUCGAGGUUCGCACUUCAACAUCAGCACCGACUGAGCUGCAACCGCAACAGAAACCACAUGAGACACGGAUAUGGAAUCCUGGUUUAUAUGUCUGGACGUCUACCUCCGCCCGCGCUGCACGAGACAAGAUAGAAACGAUGGCCAUGGAUCUCGGCAAAGAACACGCUUGGACACAGAAGCGCCAAGAGUGGGUCAAGAGAAGGGAGGUCGCACUCCGAGAACAUAUGCGUAGCAAGAAUGCUGUCGUAAGGGACGAGAGAGUUGUGUUAGAUGACGGGAUCGAGAUUACAAAGUCUGGCCAAAUCGAAGGUACCAUGUUCUCACCCGUACCCUCCAGGUCCCACUCCAGCCUCCAUCCGCUGUCAUCGACGGAUUCAUCCCUUCUCACGCCCUUGCUGGCUCCAUUACAGUCCCUCUCCGAACCUAUCGGUAACUUGCUUAACCCAGCCAGCCAUGCCCUCGCUCACCUCCGCCGCGCUCUUUCUGACGGAUCGCUGUAUUCCUUCGGGGAGCGUGCAUGGGAAAAGGCAUGGACACCUGAGCCGUUGAUGCUCGCGAUGAAAGUGGUUGAGAGAGUAUGGAAGAAAGAAGGGGGCGAGGGGGGUGAGGAUGUGGACGGAUAGGUCCCGCGUUCUUUGAGGCGAUCAUGACCCUCAUAGAUUUGUUAUCUAUCAAUCAGAAGUAUAGACUUUCAGGGAUAGUAGACAUCUUGCAUUUUCUUGGAAAGACCAAGCACAUCGUUAUAGUACUUAAAGCGAGGGUGGGUGACGAAAAGUUCCGCUACGUGCGCUGGCAAGGGCAGU